AUGGCCGAUACAGCAACCAGAGCAGCCGAGACUCUCCGCUCAAAGCAGAAACCUUUGAAAGACAAAUACCGAUCCGACCCUUCUUCCGCUCUCGUUACCUUGUCCUCCAGUGGCACUCUUGACCCUACCUCAACCAGCCUAACAUGUUCCCUUUCGUCGAGCACCGCUGCGCGAAAAGUUGCUGGUCUACAUCGAGCUGCAGGUGGGGAAGGAUUUGAUGCCUCGGGCGAAUUGUGCUCGGGAGACAUGCUGCUCGAAUCGCUGGUGGCUUGCUUUGGUGUCACGGUUCGCGCCGUGGCUACGAGUCUAGGCAUUCCUAUCAACAAUGGAACAAUUACAGCAGAAGGAGAUCUCGACUUUCGCGGCACCAUGGGCAUCAAGGACCCUGAGGGCAAUCCUGUGCCGGUUGGAUUCACGACCAUCAGGCUGAUUGUGCGGCUCGAUGUUGACCAGGAGAACAAGUCCAAGGUGGACAAGCUUGUCGAGCUGAGUGAGAGGUACUGCGUGGUUUUGCAAACGAUAAAAGGAGGCGUCCGUGUCGAAACCAAACUGGGGCACGUAGGGGACGUGGCCCCCAAUGCACGAAAGGAUGAAGACGACGCUGUCGAUCAAGGCAAGGGGGAAGGCAUGUCGGACAUUCCGCCCAAUGAAAAUGUCCUCAAGGUGAACUGA